CCACGAAGUAUGUGUGUUCCCCGUCCCGACAAGUCGACACGGUUCCGCCUCAGACAUCUGCAUGCAGUGUCAUACCGGUCGUCAUCGGAAAUUCUAUCCACUAAUAAAAAGAUAAUUUCUCCACAUAGAAAAAGAAAUUAAAAAAAAAAUACAAAAGACAGAAUUCGCUCCAUUUUCGGGAUCGGCCGGUCAGGUCAGCUCAGUCCGCCCGGCUCAUUUGCCAUGCAGCCCCACCACCGCCUCGACGGGGCGGUCGCCUCUAAGCCACUAGUUGGUUUCGUCUCCUCCACUGCCGCCCGCCGUGGCUCUGUUCACCCGUUGACCCGCCUUCCCGGCGGCUCAUCCUCAUCCACCCGCCGCCUUUACCCGCUCUCCGUCUCCUGCCACCGGAGUCUCCCCGAAGAGAACGUGCCAUCGGAUGGGACCGGCCGGGGCCUGGCCACUACCAGGCGGAGCGCGCUGAUCACCCCGCUCUUGGCGGCUGCCGCGAGUGUGGUCCAGUCCGCAGUGUCGGGAGCAGCUGAGGAGAAGGCACCUUCUGCUGCCACUCCUCAGCCGCCGGCGGCUCCUUCGCCUGCUGCAACCGGUCCUGCUUCUCCGGCGGCUGUGGAGGAGGAAGAGGUGGUCAGCUCGAGGAUUUACGAUGCCACGGUGAUAGGGGAGCCUAUGGCGGUUGGGAAGGACAAGAGCAAGGUGUGGGAGAAGCUGAUGAACGCGAGGGUCGUAUACUUGGGGGAGGCGGAGCAGGUCCCCAUUAAAGACGACAAGGAGCUGGAGCUCGAGAUUGUCAAGAAUCUAAGGAAGCGGUGCGUCGAGGCCGAGCGGUCGAUCUCCCUGGCCUUGGAGGCCUUCCCCUGUGACCUGCAGGAGCAGCUCAAUCAGUUCAUCGAUAAAAGGAUCGACGGGGAAACCUUGAAGUCUUUCACGUCGCAUUGGCCUCCUCAGCGGUGGCAAGAGUACAAGCCUCUACUGAGUUACUGUCGUGAUAAUGGAGUUCGAAUUGUUGCCUGCGGAACUCCUCUCAAGAUCUUGAGAACUGUUCAAGCUGAAGGAGUCCGUGGGCUCUCCAAGGCAGAGCGAAAAAUAUAUGCCCCCCCUGCAGGCUCGGGCUUCAUUUCAGGCUUCACUUCCAUCUCGCGCAGAUCAUCAGUCGACAUAAACCCUUUAAAUCAGCUUGUUCCUUUUGGCCCCAGCUCAUAUUUGUCGGUACAAUCUCGGGUGGUUGAGGAGUACACCAUGUCCCAAAUAAUCUUACAGGCAAUAAACGAGGUAGGACCCAAUGGGAUGCUAGUCGUGGUCACUGGAGCAAGCCACGUCGCAUACGGAUCAAGGGGCAUGGGGCUGCCUGCAAGGAUCUCAAAAAAGAUGCAGAAGAAGAAUCAAGCUGUUAUAUUGCUCGACCCUGAAAGGCAGUACAUCAAAAGGGAGGGAGAGGCCCCUGUUUCAGAUUUUCUUUGGUACUCGGCCGCUCGACCCUGCAGUAGAAAUUGCUUUGAUCGUGCUGAAAUUGCCCGUGUUAUGAACGCAGCAGGCAGGAGGCGGGAUGCUUUACCCCAGGACCUUCAGCAGGGACUUGAUCGUGGUCUAGUAUCUCCAGAAGUUCUGCAGAACUUCUUCGAUCUCGAGCAAUAUCCUCUCAUUUCCGAGCUCACUCAUCGAUUUCAGGGCUUUCGAGAGAGAUUACUGGCAGACCCUAAAUUUCUGCACAGACUAGCCAUAGAAGAAGCAAUAUCGAUAACAACCACACUCUUAGCACAGUAUGAAAGACGUAAAGAGAACUUCUUCGAAGAACUCGACUAUGUUAUAACUGACACUUUACGAGGCUCAGUGGUCGACUUCUUCACUGUGUGGCUCCCUGCCCCGACGCUCUCCUUCCUCUCGUAUGCUGAUGAAACAAGUUCUCCUAAUAGCAUGGAAGCUUUGCGUGGGCUCUUGGGUUCGAUCCCCGAUAACGCAUUCCAGAAGAAUCUUGCUGGCAGGGACUGGAAUCUGAGCCAUAGGAUCGCGUCAGUAAUUUUUGGUGGUGUCAAACUUGCCUCAGUCGGAUUUAUUUCCAGUAUCGGGGCUGUGGCUGCCUCUAAUUCCUUAUACGCAGUAAGGAAUUUCGUGAAUCCCAAUUUAGUCGCCAAACAGCUGAAUAAAAGAUCGCCAAUUCUUAAGACAGCACUCGUGUAUGCAUCCUUUCUUGGAAUAUCAGCGAACCUCCGGUACCAGAUUAUUGCGGGCGUGGUGGAGCAUAGAAUCGCAGAAGAGUUCUCUUCUCAAACUUUGUUCGUAAACAUGCUGUCCUUUAUUGCUCGGACAGUCAAUUCCUACUGGGGAACUCAGCAAUGGGUUGAUCUUGCCCGAUUCACGGGCCUGCAAACAAGGAAGAGCGUGGAGCCCAAUUAUCAGACAUCUGAACCUCCAACUCCAGCUACACUUCCAUGCAGUACAACAGAAGAAGCGAACAACGAAGAAAUCAAGAACAAGUGAGGUGUCAUAAUAAGACUCAAGUUUACAACAUCAGACUAAUUUUUUCUUGAGUCCUUUUUGGUCUCACAGAUGUACAUCUAUGAAGAGAUCGUUCUUCCAAAUUUUGCCAAAUGCCAGCAUACUGAAUACAUACAGCAUUCAACCGAAGUGAUUAUGAAAUAGAAUGUAUUCAAUGUGUACAGAGCUUACCAUGAACCUCAUCCACUCUACUCAGUCAAAUAAUAAACUCUUAUGGCCCUAAA